AUGUAUGGUGUCGUCAUUCUCACACUUUAUUGCUUAAAGUCACCGGAAGUCGAUUUCCUCAACGGUUUAGUGACCGAGGAAGGCCAAAGAGGUAAAUCCGAGAUGAGGCUCUGCGGAUGGAAAACAUCAAAGCACAGCUCGAGCCGAAAGGGGAGCACUUCAAGCCAGCCCACCCCAGGCUUCCUGUUCAUCGCCAAUAAGCUUGUCAUCAACAAUCCAGGACGUGACGAUUAUCUUCACCUUAUUCCGCCCAGCUCGCCAACCUACUACCGCGGCGAGGUCCCAAGCAAAGUCAUGCGCUACAGGAACGGCGAAGUGUCUGAAGCAGCAGACUGGAGAUGGUAUAGAGACGCUUCCACGCUUCCGGCAUCCGAAGGACAAUUACUGAGAGUGGACGCCCGCGGAAACUGCAUCACGGAUCAGUAUGGACAAGUGUAUCCGGCCGACGAGUACAAAACGUUUGGAGUUGCUGCUUGCAAUCCACUGCUUCCAAUUAUGGUCACUGAACAUGAUCCUCUGGUCACCAGAUCGAACUGGGAACUCCUACGUGUGUUUCAUCCACCAUCAAUUCCCGGCCUGUCUCAAGUGAUCACCAUCACCAGCACCAUGGGUCCUGGGCCUGGUCCCUUGCUACACGUUGCUGGCAGAAAUCCUGCGUGGAUUCCCGGUCUACUUCCUCUGACCUACAGAGCUCCCAGACGUGAUGCUCCACACUCAACAGGCCUUGGAGGAGAGCUGCCUAUCGUUCUGGGGCUCAUGGCAUUGAAUGCACCUCCGGGCAGCGAGAUGAGCAACCAUUCGAUAGACAGUGUAUUUCUUGGGCACAAUCGACUAUGGAGACAUGGAGCUUGGACAAGUCCUGAUGCCCCUAGAGGACACCCCCCAACAGCUUCUGAAGAUCCAAAGGGAUUUAUUGUCAAGGUGUUUUUCGACCCAGACAACCAAUACUCAACUCGAGAAGAUCUCCACAGUUUUGAAUGGGAGAGGGCUAUUGUUCGAGAUUGA